AUGGCCUCUCGCCCGACCGUCACUGUUUUCGGCGCCGAUGGCAAGCCCACCGGCGCCACUGAGGUCCUUCCCAAGGUCUUCAGCGCCCCGAUCCGGCCGGAUAUCGUCAAGCACGUCCACACCGGCAUGGCCAAGAACAAGAGGCAGCCUUAUGCCGUCAGCGAGAAGGCCGGCCACCAGACCUCGGCCGAGUCCUGGGGCACUGGUCGCGCCGUUGCCCGUAUUCCCCGUGUCUCGGGUGGUGGUACUCACCGCGCUGGCCAGGGUGCUUUCGGUAACAUGUGCCGUUCCGGCCGCAUGUUCGCUCCCACCAAGAUCUGGCGCAAGUGGCACGUCAAGAUCAACCAGGGCCAGAAGCGCUUUGCUACCGCUUCUGCCCUCGCCGCCUCUGCCGUGGCUCCUCUCCUGAUGGCCCGUGGCCACCAGGUUUCGACCGUCCCUGAGGUUCCUCUGGUCGUCGACUCUGCUGCCGUCGCUGGCGACGCUGUUGCCAAGACUGCUGCUGCCUACAAGCUCCUCAAGGCCAUCGGUGCCGGCCCGGAUGUUGAGAAGGUUAAGAAGUCCAAGAAGCUCCGCGCCGGUAAGGGUAAGAUGAGGGGCCGCCGCCACCGCCAGCGCCGCGGUCCUCUCAUCGUUUACAGCCCCGAACACGACGGCAAGGAGCUCGUCAAGGGCUUCCGCAACAUCCCGGGUGUCGAGACCUGCCCUGUCGAUGCCCUCAACCUCCUCCAGCUUGCUCCUGGUGGCCACCUCGGCCGCUUCAUCGUCUGGACCUCGGCCGCCAUCAAGCAGCUCGAUGCCGUCUACGAGAGCAAGAAGGGCUUCUUCCUGCCUGCCAACAUUGUCAGCCAGGCCGAUCUCAGCCGUCUCAUCAACAGCACUGAAAUCCAGAGCGUGCUCCGUGCUCCUAAGGGUGAGGCCCGUACCAAGCGCGCCUGCGUCCAGAAGAAGAACCCUCUGCGCAACAAGCAGAUCAUGCUGCGCCUCAACCCCUAUGCUUCCACCUUCGCCAAGGAGAAGCUGGGUGAGGUUAAGGCUGAGGAGGGCAAGCCCCCUAAGGUUCCGGCUUCGUUCAAGGAGCUCCUGCACGAGGCUUAA